CAGAAGAACUUCAGUGCCUUCUUGAUAUUUUGGUAAACAAACACAAAAAGGCAGGAUUCAAGCUCUGUGACGAUGAGUAUUCAACAGAAGGAGAUAGAGUCUUUGGUGCGUGAGGGAGAGGACUUUGAUCCGCUAUCCGAGAGGAAGUCUCGUUGGGCACAGGAUGUGUCGGAUUAUCACAAGAGACGGUUUGAGAGAGAACUAUCGCCAGAGAGAGACCCGUCGCUUACUGAUGAACAAUUGGCGGAGUUGAGAGAGAAGGAGAACAGAUCGGGAGCUGAACUGAAGGUACGUAGUAGAGAUGCUGAGAAGGAGGAAGGUCCAAAGGCAGAGGAUGGCGAUGGUGAUAAGACACCACCGAGAAGAAAAGCUCGUAAGAGAAGAUGGGAUGUUGGUGCGGAAGGGGAAGGACAAGGCGCUGGUGAUGGUGAAGGCGAUGAAAGGCGGGUGAAAAAAAUGCACCAAAAAGCUGAAGAUUUGGCGAUGGUUGAGGCUGAGGGAUAUGUCAUUCCAGAGGAAACAAGGGUCUCGAAAGCGCUGAUACGAGAGUCUCUCGUGACUGAAGUACCCGGAGUCAAGGACCUUCAAUUCUUCAAAGAACAGGAUUCCAAAUACUUUGGUAAGCUUCUGGACAACAAAGAUGAAAAGGAUCUAUCUGUAGAUGAGUUGAAAGAGAGAAAAAUCAUGAGACUGUUACUGAGAGUUAAAAACGGCACGCCAGCCUCUCGUAAAGUUGCCAUGAGACAGAUUAUGGAUAACGCUACAACUUUUGGUGCGAAGGCACUGUUUAACCAAAUCCUGCCAUUACUUUUGGAGAAGUCACUAAGUGACCAGGAAAGACAUCUAUUGGUUAAAGUUGUUGAUAGGGUUUUAUAUCGCCUUGAUGAUAUGAUUAGACCUUAUACUCAUAAGAUUCUUGUUGUCAUAUCACCGCUGUUGAUAGACCAAGACUACCUCACUAGAAAAGAAGGACGUGAAAUAAUAUCCAAUUUGGCAAAGGCUGCUGGUCUACAGCAUAUGAUUUUGACAAUACGACCAGAUAUUGACCAUGACGAUGAAUACGUUAGAAAUACUACAUCAAGGGCAUUGGCAGUGGUUGCAAGUUCAUUGGGAAUACCUGCUUUGUUACCCUUCUUGAAUGCGGUAUGCCACUCUAAGAAAUCAUGGCAAGCUCGUCACACUGGUAUCAAAACCAUCCAACAGAUUGCAAUUUUGGUAAGAUGUGGAGUACUACCACAUUUAAACGGAUUAGUUGAUUGCUUGAUAAAUGGGUUAACAGAUGAACAAUUAUCCGUGAGAAUUAUUACUGCUCAGGCAUUGUCUGCGCUGGCAGAAUCAUCCGCACCAUAUGGUAUUGAAUCCUUUGAAGAUACGCUCGAGCCUAUUUGGAACGGUAUACGUAGACACAGAGGUAAAGGUCUGGCUGCUUUCCUCAGGUGUUUGGGUAAUAUGAUACCAUUGAUGGACUCUGAUUAUGCAAGCUAUUAUACAAGAGAAUUGACGAGAGUUCUUGUGCGUGAAUUCAGCUCUCCUGAUGACGAAAUGAAGAAGACAGUGUUGGAUGUUAUUAGACAAUGUGUCGCUACGAAUGGAGUAGAAAUAAAGCUGUUACAAACUAAUUUGGUUCCGGCUUUUUUCCAAAACUUUUGGGUAAGAAGGAUUGCAUUGGAUCGUCGUAUUUCAAAAUCAGUGGUGGAAACUUCCGUGGUGUUGGCCGGAAGAGUUGGUACACAGGAAGUCAUAUCUCGUCUCUUGGCUACUUUGAAAGAUGAAUCUGAACCAUUCCGUAAAAUGGCAGUUGAGACAAUCCACCAAGCUGUGGUAAAUUUGGGAUCAACUGGAUUAACUGAGAGAACAGAGGAGAGAUUAAUCGAUGGUAUGCUUGUGGCUUUUCAGGAACAGACUACAAUGGACGGUGCGAUUCUUCACGGUGUUGCUGCAACAAUCUCUUCCAUGGAUUCAAGGGUCAAACCAUUUGUCGGAGCUAUUGUUACCAUUAUCUUGCAUAGGCUGAAAAAUAAAACACCAGAGAUACGCCAGCAGGCUGCUGAUUUGAUCUCACUCAUUGCACCUACAUUAAAAUCAUGUGAUGAGAUUGAAAUUUUGGGAAAAUUAUCAACAGUAUUAUAUGAAUCAUUAGGCGAGGUGUAUCCAGAGGUUUUGGGGUCUUUGCUAGGAGCUUUAAAGGCCAUUGCCACUGUCGUUGGUAUCAAUGAUAUUAAACCACCAGCGAAUCAGAUUCUGCCAACUGUUACUCCGAUAUUGAGAAAUAGACACGAAAAGGUCCAGGAAAACUCAAUUGGUCUUGUGGGUCUUAUAGCAGACAAAGGAGCAGAGUUUGUUUCACCAAAGGAAUGGAUGCGUAUCUGCUUUGAACUUAUUGACAUGUUGAAAAGUCCGAAAAAAAGUAUCAGAAAGACUACAAACAAGACAUUUGGCUACAUUGCAAACGCAAUCGGCCCACAAGAUGUGUUAGUGACUUUGUUGAAUAAUCUGAGAGUCCAAGAACGUCAACUGAGAGUUUGUACUGCUGUGGCAAUAGGUAUUGUUGCUGAAACAUGUUCACCUUUCACAGUGCUGCCGGCAUUAAUGAAUGAAUACAGAACACCAGAGAUUCAUGUCCAAAAUGGUGUCUUGAAAGCUAUGGCCUUUAUGUUUGAGUACAUAGGUGUAAUGUCAGCAGACUACAUCUAUGCAGUGACUCCUCUUCUAGAAGAUGCGCUCACAGAUAGAGAUCAAGUCCAUAGACAAACUGCUGCAACUGCAGUAAGACAAAUUGCGAUCGAUUGUGUUGGUCUUGGGUAUGAUGAUGCAUUUAUCCAUUUAUUGAACAUUCUAUUGCCAAACAUUUAUGAAACCUCUCCCCAUGUCAUUGCAAGAAUCUUGGAAGGUAUUGAAGGUAUUAGAAACUCUGUCGGCCCAGGUGUGCUUCUGAAUUACGUAUGGAAUGGGUUGUUCCACCCUGCUAAGAAAGUGAGAAAACCAUUUUGGAAAGUUUACAAUAGUGCUUACGUACAGCAAUUGGAUUCUAUUGUUCCUUACUAUCCACAGCUUGACGAUGAGAAAUAUAGACUAGAUCUUUUUGAUGCAGUUAUUUGAGUCAACUGUAAUAGUACAGUUACUAAGUUGAUAAGAGAGAGAAUGUAAUAAAUUUAGCAUAGUUUAACUUCGACAGCUUUAUCUUGUACGUAUUAUUCAAUAGUUUCGUACUUUCCGUUAUUCUCAUCCUCUUCUUCUUGUUCUUCCUCGUCUUC